AUGGCGGUACUCCAGCAGGAGGAGGGAGUGCCCCGUCUCUCUGCUGAGAAGGAACAGCUGAAGCAGCAGGACCAGAAGAAGGACGAGCAGGUGUCCCGUCUGCAGCAAGAGGUGCAAGAGCUGAAGGCACAAGUGUCCCUACUUCUCUCCGCUGAGAAUCAAUGGCUGAAGCAACAGAGCCAAGAGAAGAACGAGGAGGAGACGUCCCGUCUGCUUCAAGAGCUGGAGGGUCAAGGGUCUCCUCUGCAGCAGGAGGUGCAGGAUCUGAAGGCACAAGUGUCCUGUCUCUCUGAUCAGAACAAAGGCCUGAAGGAGCAAGUGUCCCGUCUCUCCGCUGAGAACCAACAGCUGAAGCAACAGUUCCAAGAAAGGGACAAGCAGGUGUCCCGUCUGCUUCAAGCGGUGCAAGAGCUGGAGGGGGAAGUGUCUCACCUGCAGCAGCAAAACCAGAGGAAGGAUGAGCAGAUGUCUCACCUGCAGCAGGAGGUGCAGGAGCACAAGAAGGGUCCCGAAGCCUCUGGAGCCCAGCAAACCACCAGAUGGCUUUCAUGGGUCCGAAGCCAGAUUCUUCCUGCCAAAGACAUCAUCAUCGAGGUCCGGAUGGCUGGGAAGACAGGUGGCUGUGAGAUGAAGCUUCUAGAGGAUGUCUCCGAGCGCCUGGCCCAAGAGGGAGUCUCUCUAAAAGUGAGGAGGUUCACAGAGAGGUUGUCGGAGCACCUCCUUCUCGUUUUCUGCCCCAUCGCUUCUCGGAUGGUUACUGACAUUGAAAACGCCCUCGAGGGACUCAGUGGCGAGCAGAAGGUCCUCCUGGUGGUGAUGCACUUUAUCCCAAAGGACAACCCAGGGCCCUUUGUGGACGCUCAGCACCGGGUGCCCCAUCCAGCCGUGCACACCCGCUUCACCCUAAAGGACGGCUUUUACCCUUGCCAGAUGAACGAGACGGCCGUGGCUGAUGUGGCAGCUGCCCUCAAGGCCCUGGCUGAAGAUCAGUGAGGGGGGGGGGCCCGGCUGUUCCCCAUGUCCAUUUCAUGCCAUGUUAUGUUGUGAGAAAGGGCUGGGGGAGGGGGGUGUCAACACAUGGAGCUUGCUGCAGGUUGUGUUAGGACCAUCUGGUGAUCACACCUUGGGAGCUGGGAGGGUGUGGGAUGUGUGCACCUCCUAAGCCAUGCAAUGCCUUCAGCUGGGGAGACCAUCGGUUGUGGUCGGGGAGAUGUAACCCCUCCCUGGCCCUCUGAGCAUGGGCAGACCUGCCUGCAACCUCAGGCUGACUGGGCAGAGAUGCCCAUUUGUGCUUCUGUGUGUGUCAUGGGAGAGGAGUAAGUUUGUAGGGGGGGGGUUUCCUCUUGUGCUUUUACAGUCCCAGUGGGUGAUUUAAAACAGGAGGAGAGGGGAUAUAUUAUAAAUUAGAUUAGGCAUCCUUCAGUCUC